AUGGAAAAUGUCAGGAGGGUUAAUGCGAACAAUAUUGGUGGGAGAAGAGCAGCGUUACAUGCUUGCUCAUACUGUGACAAGUCAUUUGAGAGUUUACAGGCACUGGGAGGGCAUCAGACGGCUCACAGGAGGGAGAUUGAGGAGAUGAGGAGGGAACAUGAUGCCAUUGUGAACGCUACAAGGAUGGGUCCUCUCAUUGCACCAUCCUUAAUGAGGCCUGCAGUCAGAGAGCAGCCCACUCAGCCACUUGUUGCAGGUAAUACUAAUAAUGCACAACAAGCUGCUGCUGGUCAACAACGUCCCAGGGAUGAAGGCAGCAAUCCCAAUCUGGAACUCACUUUAGGCUUGCCUACUGGAGAUGAGAUUGAUCUCACUCUGAGGCUCUAG